GAAGUCAGGACUCAGCAGAUCAGACUAUCAACGUCUAUGCCAUUUGUAGAUCGGAGCAUCUUCAGAAAUCGAUUCAGCAAACGCUGGUGCUAGCUCUGAGCUUCGUCUCUUGACUCUCCAUGUCAUGGGUCCGAGUCCUUGAUGAGCAUGCCGCAUAGGCCUCCUUGGAGUUGGCUGUCGGUUCAGUGUAGACUCGCAUCAUCAGAAUCAUCACAUGCCGCAUGCAAGUGCUCCGCUUUUUGGCUCGUGGCCACUGGCGGGAAAAUUCAUUUCAGCGGUUGUCAGUUGCACAACGGCGCCCGUGGACAGUAGACGGGCGCACUGUCGCCUGACUACGAGGUUUGGGCCAAGUCUUCCAUAUAGUCUGCUCAGCCAGCUACUUCAGAAUGAUUCUCUAUCAACCAUACUACAACCUGUGCAGCGUCUGUCAUGGACAUCCUCGAUGAGAAGACCCAAGUUGAACGUGGUUCCCCCUGGUAUGAGUAUCGCAAGUCGAGUGCCAGGUUCCUUGCAAAAACAUUCUGCUAUCCACUCUACACGCAAAGCCAUAGCAAUUGUGGCCAAGUGACGACUACUUCUGCAGCUGUCCGCGAACGUGAGGCAACAGCGUGGCUCGAUGGGCUGAGAGGUAUCGCCGCCUUGCAAGUCAUGAUUUUCCACUAUGCCGACUUUUGGACUGUCGUUGAUGUCGCUUAUGGAGGCGGACAAUUCGGCAGCAGUCAGUGGUUUCGAAUGCCAUUGAUUCGCAGUACCUAUGCGGCCGGUCGAGCCAUGGUCUGUACUUUCUUUGUCAUCUCUGGGUAUGUGUUGACGAAGCGAACGCUGUCGGACUUGCGUCAGGGGCGCGUGACCUCCGCAGCAAACAGAUUGUCCAGUGCACUCUUCAGACGCGGCAUGCGUUUGUUUGCUCCAGCCUUGGUCAUCAUUGUGCUCGCCUUCAUCCUUGUGCGCCUGGGAUUCCGGUGCUCACUUGGCGAUGUCGGUUGUCCCUACUAUCCCUCAUUCUCGGAGCAGCUGAAGGACUGGGCAAAGGCCACAGCUAGCUACUUGUCUCCAUUCGAGUACCAGAACUUUGGCGGCUCUCUCGCUCAUAAGUACGAAAACAUCAUCUGGACGUUGCCAAUGGAGAUGUUUGGGUCACUGUGGUGUUAUGGCGUGCUCCUCGCCACCCUCCGGUUGCAGCCUCGCAUGCGUAACUUGAUCGUCUUUGGCGUUGGUGUGUAUGCCAUCAUCAAUACGGCAUGGGGUGUCUUUUGCUUCAUGGCAGGUAUGCUCAUUGCAGACUGGACCUUGGUGCAGGAGAAGAAGGCCAAUCAGUUGAUUGACCUCAGCGCCGAAAACUCGCGAGAUUGCUACCCGAGGCUCAAGCAGCUGAGCAAGAAUGUAAUCUGGACUGUUCUCCUGGUACUAGGGAUCAUGUUUGCAGGUGCACCUAUGCGGGGUGCACUCGAGCACAACGACAUUGCUCCUGGCUUCAACACUUGGUGGCGACUCGCUCCUGAACAGUGGACUCGUUCCGACUGCAACUAUUGGGGCUAUGCUUGGUCUGGCGUCAUUAUUGUGGCAAGCAUCUCUCAGCUUGGCUACGCGAAAAGAUUCUGCGAAACAACCAUGGCGCAAUACUUGGGCAAAGUUUCAUUCAGCGUUUACCUCUUGCAUAUUGCAGUCCGCGACGUUCUCGGCCGCCGCUUGCAGUACGUUUUGCUAAGCUUCAUGGUACAAACAGCUUCACCAUUUCGACUUUCAACAGAGUCUCCUGCCGAGAAGGUGUCACUUGAAAAGAUGUUUGACCUAGCCGGUGCCGGUCUUACCUUCUUUGCCGGCGUCAUUUGGUUUGCCACAUUGACUGUGGUAGUUUUUGCACUGUCCGCUCAAUUCGAGAGGCAUGUUGACGCGCCGAUAGUGCGCAUGACACGAUGUGUGGAACAGUGGGCAAUCCAUUUUGACAGCAGUGACGUAGAGACUAGGGAGAGGAAUGCUGCUUAAUGUCAUGUAGUAUCACUCAUAUUUACGAACGCUUUUGAAACCCAAGCUGAAAGACGUCCCUGUAUAUGUCACAAGCAGCGUGGUGUCGUUGUCCAG